AUGAGUCGCCAGUCUUUUAAAGUGUCCUCUGGAGGUGUAAGCCGAGGUUUCACCUCUGGCUCUGCGAUUGUUGGCAGUGGUGGUGGUGGUGGCGGUGGUGGUGGGAGAUCAAGUUUCAGCUCCUUCUCUGUUUCUCGGGUUGGAGGAGCCAGAGCCGGAGGAGGUGGCGGCGGCGGCGGCUUUGGAGUCGGUGGUGGAUUUGGCAGCCGAAGUCUAUACAACCUAGGUGGAAGCAAGCGAAUUUCCUACGGUGCUGGAGGUUUCCGAGCUGGUUUCGGCGGUGCCGGUUAUGGUGCCGGUGGAGGAGCUGGCUUCGGUUAUGGUGUUGGUGUUGGUAGUGGCUUUGCUUAUGGUGGGCCUGGGAUGGGAGGUCCUGGCGCUGGCUAUAUGGUAGGUGGUCCAGGUUUUGGUGGCCCAGGAAGAGUUGGCCCAGGGUUCCCAGUCUGCCCACCCGGUGGCAUCCAAGAGGUGACCAUCAACCAGCAUCUCCUUCAACCACUCCACCUGGAGAUUGAUCCAGAGAUUCAAAAAGUGCGCACACAUGAGAGAGAGCAGAUCAAGACGCUCAACAACAAAUUUGCUUCCUUUAUUGACAAGGUCCGAUUCCUGGAACAGCAGAAUAAAGUCCUUGAAACCAAAUGGGCUCUCUUACAAGAGCAGGGAACAACUGUUAAUCGACAGAACAUUGAGCCCUUUUUUGAGUCAUACAUUAAUAACCUCAGGAGGCAGCAAGAUAGUAUUCUGAAUGAGCGGGGAAGGCUGGAAUCAGAACUGAGGAAUAUGCAAGAUUGCGUGGAGGACUUUAAGAACAAAUAUGAAGAUGAAAUUAACAAGCGUACAGGCGCAGAGAAUGAAUUUGUGGUGCUCAAGAAGGAUGUUGAUAGUGCCUAUAUGAACAAGAUUGAACUUGGUAGCAAAGCAGAUUCGCUACAUGAUGAAAUUGACUUCCUGAAAGCUAUCUACGAGGCGGAGCUGUCUCAAAUGCAGCAACAUGUGUCUGACACCUCCGUUGUGCUCUCUAUGGACAACAACAGACACCUGGACUUGAACAGCAUCAUUGCUGAGGUUAAGGCACAGUAUGAAGACAUUGCCAACAGGAGCCGAACUGAGGCUGAAUCAUGGUAUCAAACCAAAUAUGAAGAACUGCAGGUCUCCGCUGGACGCCAUGGAGAUGACCUCCGCAACACAAAGCAAGAAAUUUCUGAGCUCAAUCGAAUGAUCCAGAGGCUGCGAAGUGAAAUUGACGCCUUGAAGAAACAGUGUGCCAAUCUCCAGGCAGCCAUUGCUGAGUCUGAGGACCGUGGAGAGAUGGCCGUCAAGGAUGCCAGGCAUAAACUGAACGAACUGGAGGAAGCCUUACAGAAAGCCAAGCAAGACCUGGCCCGGCAGCUGAGGGACUACCAGGAGCUGAUGAACGUCAAGCUAGCCCUGGAUGUUGAGAUCUGUACCUACAGGAAGCUGCUGGAAGGAGAGGAAUGCAGGAUGGCAGAAGGAGGUGGAAACGUAAACAUCUCUGUUAUCAGCACCAGCACUGGCGUUGGAUACGGUGGCGGAAGUGGCCUUGGAGGAGGACUCGGAGGCGGUAUGGGAGGAGGAGGAGGAGGAGGAUUUGGAGCAGGACUCGGAGCCGGAGGUGGCGGCGGCUACAGCAGCAGCUACAGCUCAGGAGGAGGCGGCGGCGCGUUUGGCGCAGGAGGGGGAAGCGGGUAUGGCGUAGGAGGGGGAAGUGGUUUCGGCACUGGGGUCAGUAUGGGAGGCGGCAGCAGUUACAGUUCUGGUGGAGGAGGCCGUGUCUCUUCUGGUGGCUCCAGUGUGAAAAUUGUAUCAAAAACCACUUCGAGCAAGAAAACCGUCUUUUAAAGAUUGGUCCAACCUGAAUGGGAGCACACUGCCAACCGCAAGCAAUGCUCUUCAACCCCCCUCUGUAAAUAGCUCAGCAAAGCUCUUCCCCUCUGAUUCUUUCACCUUUUCCAAAUGAGUUGGCCAUAAUGUGGAUCCAGACAUUGGCACAUUGAUCCAGCACCCCUCACUCUGACAACACUCCAUAUGCAGGAACAGGUUUGUUGGUGCAAUCACGCAUAUGAUGGCAUUGAUUAUUUUUGUGUGAUGUUUUACUGGUGUGCAGUUGGCUGAACACACAGAAAUGAAUCUUGAUGCAACAGGAUGUACUAUCUCAUCCAUUUUUGUUUCUUUGUGGAGUUUUUUCCAUGCACACAAGUGCCCAUGCACAUUAGUAAACCAUGCCACCCAAAUAUACCUAUAUUGAUGUGAACACGUGUACCAUCACACCAAGUUUGUUUUUUCCAUGUUUUAUCAGUAGGCUCAUGUACAUUGUGGCAGGGAGACAUAAAUGAAAGCACUGAAAGGUGCAGCAAACAACACAUGCACAGUGUUCUGUACAACAUUCAGAAAUAAAAAUGGAACAAUGGAGAAUUCCUAAUGCAUCGGUUUCACUUUGGAAGCAAGUCCAAGUAAUAUAGAACUCAAACAUCUGGGGGUGGGGGGGUUGGAUAAGGAGAAUUCCAGAAGCAUUGUGGAAUGCUGGACAAAUAUUCCACUGGAAUUUCCUAGAUCUUCCACAGCUGGUAAGCAGCUGCUGCCAUCUCUAUCUGGAUGAUGCUAUCAGUCACAAUGUACACUCCAGUAUCGUCCUGCUCUACAGUGCAAGUGGUAGAGAGGGCAAUGCCCCUUGCUUCUUGAUCUUCUAGCUGGAACAAGUUCUACUAGAUACCUGACCCAGACAUUUGAUGAGUUAAACUUGCUCAAUGGCAUUGUGAAAGAGAGAUUGUAGCUUGCAAGUUGAUAGGUGUGGUUUUUUUUAAAUGUUCCAUUUUAGAAAACUAUAUGUACAUCCUUACAUAUACAUCCUGAGUUCCUUUUGAAUGCCAGUGGGAUUUUUAAGUAUGCACGUAACAAAGAGCUUAGCUACGGUACACUUAACAAACAAUUUAAAUAAAUGUAAUGGGGAUUUCCAGGUAGGAAGAAUUUGUCUCACUCAGAACACGCUUUCUGAAAUCUCUCUCCUGUUUGAGCGUGUUCUUUUUAAUUUAGAAUGGAGCCAACAUAAAGCAACAGACCAGUAAAAUCAUCUGCUCCUGCCAAAAGAAAAUAGUUCUGAGACACCAGUGAUCAGAUCUGUUCCCACCCUGUGUUCCAACAUGCACAGGUCUCAUUUUUCAACCACAAAACAUCUUUGAUCCCAUUUUGGAAGUGAAAGCAAAAUUGGAAAGGGUGUUUGCUUCUGCUGCUAAUGUUUUAUGAACUGUAACACUGAAUUCUAAUGCUUUCUCUUAAUGGCUAUGGACCCAGGCAAAGGCUGUGUGACAAAUAAAGAGCAAGUGUCAUUUUUAAA